AUGGCAGAGCUAGGAGUGUUUGCUGCAAGGCGACAAGAAGAUACAACCAGAGAAUCAGGCUUCGCCUACACCAACAGCAAUCAUACCAAAGAUCCUUUUGAGGGCCCCAACUACCACAUCGCUCCGAGAUGGGUGUACAAUAUCUCAACACUUUGGAUGCUCUUUGUGGUCGUGGCCUCAACCUUCACCAACGGCCUGGUGCUGGUGGCCACUGCCAAAUUCAAGAAGCUCCAACAUCCUCUCAACUGGAUCCUGGUCAACCUGGCGUUUGCUGACAUUGCGGAGACUCUGUUGGCUAGCACCAUCAGCGUUUGCAACCAGAUGUUUGGUUACUUUAUACUCGGACACCCGAUGUGUGUCUUUGAGGGAUUCACCGUCGCCACGUGUGGUAUUGCUGGUCUGUGGUCUCUGGCUGUUAUCUCCUGGGAGAGAUGGGUGGUGGUGUGUAAGCCCUUUGGAAAUGUCAAGUUUGAUGCUAAAUGGGCCAUGGGGGGUAUUAUCUUCUCCUGGGUCUGGUCUGCUUUCUGGUGCGCCCCUCCUAUCUUCGGCUGGAGCAGGUACUGGCCUCAUGGACUGAAGACUUCCUGUGGACCUGAUGUGUUCGGAGGCAACGAGGAUCCUGGAGUCCUGUCAUACAUGAUCGUUCUGAUGAUUACAUGUUGCUUCCUGCCCCUGGGAGUGAUCGUCUUCUGUUACCUGUUCGUGUGGCUGGCCAUCCGUGCUGUUGCCGCGCAGCAGAAAGACUCUGAGUCAACACAGAAGGCUGAGAAGGAAGUGUCCAGGAUGGUUGUUGUCAUGAUUUUUGCUUACUGUGUCUGCUGGGGACCUUACACGGCCUUUGCCUGCUUUGCUGCGGCUAACCCCGGGUAUGCUUUUCACCCUCUGGCUGCCGCUCUGCCGGCCUACUUUGCCAAAAGCGCCACCAUCUGGAAUCCAGUGAUCUACGUCUUCAUGAAUAAACAGUUCCGUACGUGCAUCAUGCAGCUCUUUGGCAAGGAAGUAGACGACGGCUCGGAGGUGUCUACAUCAAAAACAGAGGUUUCCACCGUGGCACCGGCAUAA